AUGAGCGUGGUUGUGGCAAGAAUCUCAAGCAAUGACAGUCGCAGUUGCACACCUUUGUUCUUCUCGCCCAACCCUUUGUCUUCUUCCCGGACCUGCUUCGGCUCCGGAAACGACGCACAACGCCCAGAUUUCACCCCAGAAAUCGCUCUGUUCCUCAUAUAUCGAGCGAGUUCCAUUGACAUUGGAGAAAUUGGCGCACAGAGGAGGCGCAACUCUCGCAAGGCUGGCGUUUUCCGUGAAGUCUCCAAGCAAUCCCUCUGCCAGAAUACACACUUUCUGAAUACUCUCGAGUUGGCCAGGCUCCCCACCCGAAUAUACAGAAAGCCUUCAUAUACCCCCUCAAUCCCAUUCCUGUCACCAGCCAGCAGGCGCCCGUCUAGGUCGACGGGUCAGGUCAAACUGGCUGAGUGGUGGAGUGGUUCAAGGUCAACAAUCAAUCACGCCCACAGCCUACUCGACGACAGGCUCCGAGUCGAGCGCAUCCAAGUGCACACGGGGGACCACGCCAAUAAUCCGUUGCAUUUCCGCUUGCGUCGAAAUGAAGACCAUGGCUUUCUGAACCGCGGAGUUCGCGACAUGGUUGCCUGGCCGCCCAACGGCAAAUCGUUCAUGUCGCAUCGCCCCCUCGUGCCCUUUCAUAAGGGAAAUCGGUUUGCGCCACGGCUGCUAAAAUGUCUUGCAAAUGCCAUUGAGGGCACAAAACUUCUCUGGCUGCAGGAAGCUACGGGGAAUUCCUCGCGACCUUUCCAGGGGAAUUCCCAAAAGCUCUGCGUGCCUCUUUGGAUUAAGAACUGCAUAAUGCGCCUGAGAAUGUCCGUCGUGAACGCCAAUCACGCCUCGGAGUGA